AUGGAUCCAAAGUAUUAUUCAUCAAUGGGAAGUUGUUUCUCUUCAAUUUUAACUAAAUUAACAAUUAAUGUUAAUACUUUUGAUGAUUGUCUUUAUCAUCUUGAUGGACGUUUCAUUCGUUUAUCAACAUUAAUCAUUAAUAUAGAAAAAAUUUCUAUUUCAAUAUCAGAUUUAGAGAAAAUGAAACAACUUUCCAAAUUGAAAUGUUUUUCAUUGACUUCGAUUAAAUCUACAAUUUAUUAUGAUGAUCUCAUUGUUCCGUUACUUCAUCAAAUGUCAAAUCUCGAAGAACUUACAUUAUUUCUUAUCAUAAAAAGAUUUAAAUUGGCUGAUAUCGAUGGUAUUCAAUUAUAUGAUCAAAUUCUUAUUCAUAUGCCAUAA